AUGGACGUCGACGUCCCCGACACAGAACCUCCAAAAAUUCCCCAAACCCACACCACCAACAAAUCCCUCCAAAUCGACGCGCAAACCGCUACAGAAAUCGAACACACAAUGACUUUUCGUGAUGGACUCCGCAACUAUCCCGCCGCAAUAGGAUGGUCAGCAUUUUUCUCCCUUGGAAUUAUCAUGACGGCUUUUGAUCCGCAGUUAUUGGGGAGUUUAUAUGCGACGCCGGCUUUUCAGAAGGAUUUUGGGUAUUUGUUUAAGGGGGGUUAUAUUAUUAGUGCGCCGUGGCAGACGGCGUUGGGCAUGGGAAAUCCAAUUGGUCAGGUUGUGGGAGCGUUGCUUAUUGGGUUUCCGAUGGAGUGGUAUGGUCGGAGAUGGACGUACAUGGUAUGUGUAGCAGGCACGGCAGCAUUGAUAUUUAUGCAAUUUUUCGCGCGAUCAUUACCGGUUCUUCUCGUUGGUGAACUAAUCGGAGGAUUGAUAUUGGGUACUUAUACGACUAUCGCGCCUACCUACGCAUCAGAAGUAUGUCCCAUUGCGCUUCGAGGACAUUUAACUUCUUAUAUUAAUCUCUGUUUUGUGAUGGGUCAACUCCUUGCCAAUGGAGUUAUUGCUGGAACAUCUCAACUCAAUAAUCACUGGGCGUAUAGCGCGCCUUUUGCAAUUCAAUGGUUAUGGCCUCUCAUCAUCUUAAUCGGUACCAUCUUUGCUCCUGAAUCGCCAUGGUGGCUCGUUCGAAAAGAUAGACUUGAGGAAGCGGAAAAAUCGUUGAAUCGUCUCUCUUCGAAGAAAAUCAAUAAUAAAUUGGUCUUGGCUAUGAUGAUUGAGACGGAUAGGUUGGAGUUGGAGAUGGAGACGGGAACAACUUAUUGGGAUGUUUUUAAUAAGACUAACAUACGUAGGACGGAAAUUGCAAUUGCGGUAUUUGUUACGCAGGUUUUUAGUGGGAUAUAUCUUGUGGGAUAUGCGGCUUACUUCUUUCAACUCGCCGGCCUUGCGGGAUCCAAAGCUUUCGAUAUGAGCGUCGGAUUUCUAGCCGUUGGUUUCGUAGGAACUAUCCUAUCAUGGAUUUUGAUAUCAAGAUAUGGUCGAAGACGCAUCUACAACACUGGACUUGCUGUACUCACGACAAUUAUGUUCAUUAUCGGAAUCUUGGAUUGCGUACCAAAUUAUUCGAAGCGUCCCGCUGUCAUUUGGGCGCAAUCAACACUCAUGAUCGUUUGGAACGGUAUCUUCGACCUUACAAUCGGACCAGUUUGCUAUACAAUUUUCUGCGAGGUAUCCGCUACUAAAGUUCGCGCCAAAACCAUUGCUGUGGCUACCGCAAUGCAAGCGCUUGUUGGAAUCGUUAUGACAGUCGCAAUUCCUUAUAUGAUCAAUCCGGAUCAAGCGAAUUGGAGAGGAAAGAUAGGAUUCUUUUAUGGUGGUUGUUCGGUAGUAUGCUUUAUAUGGUGUUGGUUGAGAGUUCCAGAAACCAAAGGAAGGACGUAUGAAGAAUUGGAUUUGAUGUUUGCGAAAGGCGUAAAGACGAGAGACUUCAAAAAUUAUAAAAUCGAUUAA